AUGGAUAAAUCUUGGAUUAAUGAAGAUAUGAACACUUUAAAGUAUGAAAUGGGUGUUGAAACUUUCUUAAUUUUUGCUGAAGAAAAUGCUAGCAACCCUAAAAGAAUUCCAUGCCCUUGCUCAAGAUAUGUAAACUUCAAAAAGAAGUUGAUUAAUGUCAUUAGGGGACACUUGUUUGAUUACAGCUUUAGUUUGGGCUAUACAAAUUGGAUUUGGCAUGGAGAACCUACUUUGUCCUCCUGUGCUAGUGCACCUAUUGGCUCUCCUCCAAACCCUCAGUUUUGUUCUGAAACUGUUAAUAUGUGUGAAGCUGCCUUUAAUGAAGGUGAUUAUGAUGAGGAGUCGUAUGAGUUCAAUAAGUUUGUCGAGGAAGCAGAAAGACCAUUAUUUGAUAAUAGUGACCACACUAAGUUAGAAGCAUUAGCGCAACUUCACAAUUUGAAAGCUAGGUUUAGUAUGAGUGAUACUUGUUUUUCUGACUUACUUGCCACUGUUGGGUCUUUGCUUCCGAAAGAUAAUGUACUGCCUCAAUCUCUAUAUGAGGCAAAGAAGACUCUCUCCAAUUUGGGGUUGCAAUAUGAGAAAAUACAUGCAUGUCCUAAUGACUGCAUAUUGUUUAGGAAAGAGUUUUCUGAUGCAAUUACUUGUCCUAAGUGUGGUGUGUCUCGUUGGAAGCUAAAGAAGGAACAACCAGCUAAGGUGUUGUGGUAUUUUCCUAUAAUUCCCAGAUUUAAACGCUUGUAUAAAUCUGCUUCAAUUGCUGAAAUGCUUACUUGGCAUGAAGACAAGCGAACUAAGGAUGGACAUAUGCGCCAUCCAGCUGAUUCUCCUGCUUGGAAGUUGGUUGAUUAUAAGUGGCCCGAAUUCGCUUCUGAAUCAAGAAAUCUUAGGUUAGCAUUGUCAGCUAAUGAUAUCAAUCCACAUAGCUCUAUGAGUAGUAGAUAUAGUUACUGGCCCGUAAUAUUGGUGACUUAUAAUCUUCCUCCAUGGUUAUGCAUGAAGAGGAAGUUUAUGAUGUUAUCUCUAUUAAUUUCUGGUCCAAAACAGCCGGGAAAUGAUAUAGAUAUCUACUUAGAGCCAUUGAUUGAUGAUCUACGAUCUUUGUGGGAUGGGGUUAGUGAUGUCUAUGAUGCACAUAGGAAAGAAUACUUUACUCUUAGAGGAGUUUUAUUAUGGACCAUCAAUGAUUUCCCCGCAUAUGGAAACUUAUCGGAGUGCACCACAAAAGGGUACAAAGCAUGUCCAAUCUGUGGUGACAACACUUCUGCUAUGCAUUUGCCCCAUAGUAGAAAAAUGUCUUACGGCUGCCACCGUAAGUAUUUGCCACGCCAUCAUCCAUAUAGGAGGCAGAAGAAGGCAUUUAAUAAUGAGCAAGAAUUCGAAGUUGCACCAGCACCACUAUCAGGAGAGGAAGUGUUCAACAGACUUCAGCAUGUUGACUAUGAGUUUGGGAAGGGAAAGAAGAAGAAGAAGAACUCGGCUGUAGAUGCAGUUGCACCUUCUUGUUAG